UCCUCCUAACUGUGUAUUUCAUGUAUGCGAUCAAUUGACAUCGGAAUGUAGCGAUGGCUGCACUGCCGGAUAUUUCGGACCAUACUGCGAAUUUGAAUGCCAACCUGGGUAUUUUGGUCCAAACUGUAUGAGCCCAUGCAGCAGAUCCUGUCCAAAAAGCUGCGAUAGAAUGGAAGGUCAAUGUCUUAUAAUGCAAUGUCCGAAAGGGACAUAUGGAGAGAUCUGCGAAAACAACUGUGAUAAAAACUGUCUAAACAGCGAGUGCUUCAAAGAAAACGGAUCGUGCGUCGCAUGUGUUCAGGGUUUUUACUACGCUGACUGCUCUGAAGAAUGUCACACAAAUUGUAGAAGCAACACCACGUGUCACCAAGUGGAAGGUACGUGUCCAGAUGGCUGCAUGACCGGAUAUUUCGGUGACAAAUGUACUAUAGAAUGCAGCAAAACCUGUGCUGGGUCUGGCUCCUGCGACAGCAUCGACGGACAUUGUAGUGAGGGCUGCAAGACAGGAUUCUACGGAUUCGAUUGCUUGCAAGCCUGUUCAUCUAACUGUGUGGGCGGUGCUACGUGUGAUGAAAAGACUGGCUCCUGUUUACGUGGAUGCCUGGAUGGAUUUUUCGGCCCCGAUUGUAAAGUUGUGUGUCCAGUGAAUUGCGGUGGAAAUAAAAGUUGUGACCUGAAGACUCAAAGAUGCACACAAGGCUGUAAUUUUGGCUAUGGAGGAGACACUUGCAACAAAUCUUGUUCCCAUUGCAUGGAGGAGCUCUGCGAUCAGCGGUCCUUAACAUGCCGGAGAGGGUGCAAAGAAGGAGUGGCCGCAAUCGGUUGUACUGCGGCUUCCUCAAAGAGUGCUAACACAGAUGAGUCCAACUCCUCCAGCUUUUACAUCGUCAUCCCACUGUUCCUUAUAAUCGCAGUAGCAGCAUUGUUGGCCUUACUGUGGAAAAAAACAACAUCUCCGAUUACUGCCUUGGAGUGAUGACAAAUUAUCCUUCAAAAAGUUUUUGCUUUCGUUUGUUUUAUUUCAUUUUUUGCUUGCUCUACUCUACUUAAAAUGACCUAAUAUGUAGUCAUUGGUGUGAAAUAUUUGAUACAACAUUAUUGUUAUUUUGAGCCUAAUGUUUAAAUAAAUAAAUAAACAAGUAUAAUACAU